UUGUGUGUAUGUAUAUCUUUCGUGAUCCUGUGAAAAAAUGUACAUACAUAUAUAAUUACUGAAAGUAAGUUUGCUCAAUAAGAGCAGAAAGUGUAAUGCGGUGUAAUUGAAAAAUACCGAAUGGUGCACUUCCGUAUACGCUAACCUCUACUUUUGAUGCAUGUAUACAAUUUGAAAGCUAUGCAAUAUGACAGACUCCAAAUUACGGAUAUUAGCAUUACAUGGAUAUACACAGUCAGAUGUGAUAUUUAGUGCUAAACUAGGCUCAUUGAGAAAAGGAUUUAAAAAAGAAAUAGACUUUACAUUCAUAAAAGCACCACACAAGGUUUCAUCGACCAAUGGAGAAGGAUACGGAUGGUGGUUUAACACAGAAGACCAUUGUUUUAAAGCAACAACACCUAGUGAUUUAUGUGUAGGAUUUACUGAUAGUAUAAAUUUAGUAAAAGAGACAUUUUUGGAACAGGGUCCUUUUGACGGCAUAUUAGGCUUCUCACAAGGUGCUGCUUUUGUCAGUAUACUAUGCGUUAUGAAGAAAAAGCAAUUACUAGAAAUUGAAUUCAACUUUGCUAUCAUCAUAUCUGGCUUCAAGUCGCUAUGUGCACCUCAUUCAAUAUAUUAUAAUGAAGAGAUAGAUAUACCAUCAUUGCAUAUUUACGGAGAGAAUGAUCAAGUCAUUCCUACAGAGAUGGCAGGACAAAUUAGUCGUCUUUUCAUAGACAAGGAGGAAAUAUGCCAUGAAGGUGGUCAUUAUAUACCAAGUUAUUACAAGUUUUAAGAAAUAUACACUUAAUUGAUCGGCUAAUAAUAUUGUGAGAUAGUAUAACUUAGUUAAAUACAAAACUGUAGAAUUAAAAAUUAUUACUUAGAGCAUUCUAUUUUACAUUUAUAAUGAUUAUGAUUAUCAGUCAGUAGCCUGUAGCUUUUACUCCAAACUAGACUGUUAUGAUUAAGAGGGAAAGAACAGAGAAUGGACAUAAUAUUUAUAAUUUAUCACACUCUUUCCUUUAGAUUUUAUGUUGUAAUUAUAAAAUUCAUGAUUUAAUGACAUUGUGUAAUAUCUAUGCCACAAGACUCAGCAAUUUGAUAAUACAAGUAUAUAGUUGUAUGAAGGUUAAAUAAAGUUAAAUAGGUGACAUACACGUGUAUACAU